GUUUCUAUAACAAUUUCUCAUUUCUAUAUUAGUGUCCUUUACCAGUCACUUUUGUGCUUCAUGUCCCUUGUUUUUGUAAUCAAAAUGAAUGCCAGAGAAGCUCAACUUCCAUAUCCAUGGCACAAUUGCAAAGUUCUUCACUUGGUGAGGCAUGGACAAGCUAUGCACAAUAUGGAAGGAGAUAAGAAUCCUGAGGCACUGUUGUCUCUUAAUCUAUUUGAUGCACAACUCUCCCCAUUAGGCUUGCAACAGGUUGCUAAACUGCGAAAGGAUGUUCAUGCUAGCAAGCUACUUAACAGGAUUGAAUUGAUCACCACUUCCCCUUUGUCAAGAGCCAUGCAAACGGCUGUUGCAGUUUUUGGCAGUGAAGAUGACACAGGUAAUGUUGCCUGUGCAAAUAGUCCCCAAAUUAUGGCAGUUGAGCUUUGUCGAGACCGUCUGGGGGUUCGUCCAUGUGAUAUGAGGAGAAAGGUCAGCGAUUGUCAGUCUCUUUUCCCUUCAAUCGAUUUUUCAAUGAUGGAUGGUGAAGAUGACAACUUGUGGAAUCCGGACAUUCGGGAGCCUGAGGAAGAACUUGCCAAAAGAGCAGCCAAGUUUUUGCAAUGGCUAUGGACAAGGCCAGAGAAGGAGAUUGUAGUUAUAAGCCAUGGCCUGGUUCUUCAGAAUAUACUGAUAAAUGUACUUGGGAAUGACUGCAAUUCACCAUUAGGAGCUUCAUUAUGCAAACGCUUUGACCAUGGUGAGCUUCGCUCUGUUGUCAUUGUGGAUAAAAGCAAAAUGGGAAAGGAUCCAUCACCAUCACUUUGCCAUGAUCACCAAGAAGAUGUGUUAAAGCAAGGAAGUUUCCAACCAACUGCCGUUGCUGAUUUUUGA